UUCCAAUCCCCUCCAUAUCAUGUGAUUCAGGUGUUCCAAUCCCCUCCAUAUCAUGUGAUUCAGGUGUUCCAAUCCCCUCCAUGGACACAGGUGUAUACAAUCAAGCCCCUAGGCAUGCAGACGGCUUCUACAAACAUUGGUGAAAGAAUGGGUCGCUCUCAGGAGCUCAGUGACUCCAAGCGUGGUCCCGUGAUAGGUGGCCACCUGGGCAAUAAGUCCAUCCGUGACUUUGUGGCCACUUUAGGAUGAUUUUAUUAACAUUUUUUAAUACAUGGCGGCCAGCUUGGAUCACAACAGAAUGCAGGUUCCUGAGAAGACUCAUCACUACAGAGAGAGCCUAUUGUCUACGGAGUCCUGAGCCUCACAUGGAAGGGUCCUGCGUCUGCAGCCAUUCGCU